UCAGUUAUAACAGCCAAAGGUUUGAACAAAUCUACAUAUUAAAAUCAUAUAAACCCUUAAGGAAGUAUGGUAAUGUGGUGAGUAAAACACGUGACACCAUAUUUAAGCUUCUUCUUGGUCUAGACUUCAGCUUUGCUCACUUUGGAUUCAGCGUGAUUCAUUCAUUCAACUUCAACAUCAGGUGCAUUUUAUAAACAUUACUGAAGGAGGAACAUGUCCUUUUUGUUUCUUUAAUGAAAUUCUGUUGAUUUUGUCUACAAAACUAAUUUUAAGAAUUUUAGCAAUAGUCUUUGAAAUCAAAAUGUUUUUAAGAUGAUGAGAAACAAAAUCUUUCAUGUGUCUCAAGACUUUUUGAUUCAGUUUUUGUUUUGUAUUCAGAGCAAUGCUCAUUUAAAAAUUUUAAUCAAUGCAACACACCUUGUUUCACAGAUUACAAAGGUUCAUUAAAGGACAAGAAUAAUGGGAGGUAAAGAAUCUAGACCUGAGAGAAGGAUUGUCCUUUUUGGGAAGACAGGAGUUGGCAAGAGUAGUGCCGGGAAUACAAUCCUUAGAAAGAGAAUAUUCAAGAGUAAAGCUUCACCUACAUUAAUGACUGCAGACUGUGUGAGUGGAAAUGGGAUGGUUUUUGGAAGAAAAAUCACUGUUAUUGACACACCCGGGAUUUUUGACACAGUUGUUACCGAGGAUGCCAUAAGAGCUAAAAUCAUUAAAUCCAUCACUGAAAUGGGCCCAAGUCCUGACAUGAUAGUAAUGAUUCUAAAGGUUUCAAGGUACACCAAACAAGAAAUGGAGAUUGUGGAUAUUAUGAAUUCAUAUUUUGAGCAGCAUGGUGAUAUCCUUAAACACAUAGCAGUUUUAUUCACUCAUGGUGAAGAUCUAGAAGGUCAAACCAUUGAGGAAUUUGUGAAGGAGAGUCCAAAACUACAGCAGCUUGUUGAAAACUGUGGAGGUCACUGUCAUGUUAUUGACAACAAACACAAGAGCAACAGAGUUCAGGUGAAAAAGCUGUUGAGGACCUUUGAGAAGAAUCUGAAGGGAAGAGAGAAAGGCUGCUUUAACAAUGAGCUACUUCAGAGGCUUGCCGGAGUGACCACAGGAACACUGGUCGGUGCUUUCCUGGGCAUCGGCAUCGCAGUGGGAGCUGUUGUGGCUUUACUCAAAGCAGCAAAGUUUGCUUCAGCUGUGAAAGCCAUUGGGGUGGAAAUGGCUGCGGGUGCUGGCAUAGGAGCUGCAAUGGGUUCAGGAAUCACUGCCGGUGUUCUCGGAGCUGCGGCUCUCUCAGGAUGUGUUGGAGGAGCAAUCACUGGAUAUCAAGCGGCAGAAGAAUCUGACUCUGUGGGAGAUGCUAUAAUAAACGCAGCAAGAGCAAGCUGUGAGACAGCAAAUGCUAUUGUUGAAAUGGCAGAACUCCCGUCCUUUUUAAAAACAAUAGAUGACAUUUGUAAAUAA